CAAUUUUAAACGGCGCUUUUUACUAUAGAUUUGGCAGGUCGACGGUUUUCGUAGUGUUAAAGGAGCUUUUCUAAGAUCAACACGUCCCUUUAAAACUCUCUCAGAAGAUGUCCUCAGAUGAAGGUGAGCGCAAUAGUCCUGAGCUACCAAGAGAUUCAGACAGGGGCAGCUCAGUUUCCUCUGAACUUCAGGAUGAAUAUGAAGAACUUCUUCGGUAUGCUGUUGUAACUCCCAAAUAUGACCCAAGUCUUCCAUCACUGCUAUUGAACACAUCUCAACUAUCCAAGAGUUCACAGCAUUCUACUAAAAUGGACACACCAGCUCAAACUCCUGCAGAUAAUGAAGCACACUCAAGCACUGAAGUGACACUGAUGAGGGCAACUCCUCCCUUAGAGGAACCCAGACCACCAAGUUACAUAUCUGAGGAUGAGAGCAUGGUAUCCAGGUCUGUUGCAUCUGAGGAAAGAUCGGAGAGGGCACAAACCAGAUCAGACAGAUCAGGACAGAGCAGCCCUGAUGCUCUGAUCACCGUCAUGUCUGAGAUGUUCAUCUCAGAGGAGAACCUGAACAAGAUGGAGAACAUUUUGGAAAUCUGGAGCACAAACCUUAAGAGUAAUGUGAUGAUGGAGCUGAGGAAGUGGAAACUGGCCAUUGUAGAGCAACACAGACUGGAGCUUAAAAAUGAGAGGGAGAAACAUGCAGCCCACAUGGCAGCUGUAAACGCUGAGAUGGACGGUCUCAAAGAUCUGCUCAACACCUACCAAAUCUCUAACCAGAGGAAAGAUGAGGUGAUAAUGAAUCUGAGCAGGGCGGUUGACAGGCAGAGAGAGAAACUGGAGCUGAUGAGGACUUUCACCCAUUGGAGGUUACAGCACAGUGCUGCUAGAGAGGAGGCUCAGCUUGGCAGGCUGGCCGAGCAGCACUAUAAUUUGAAGCUCAAGAGAAAGGUCUGGGCAGGCUGGCACUCACUCAUCCAGAAUAGGUGGCGAGAGGAUGUGGAGAGAGCAUGUUGUGCCAGGGCAGAGGACAUCUGCAUGCAGCUCUCUGCAGAGUAUGAGGCAAAGAUGGCACAGAAUGUAGAGGAGCUCCAGAAAGCUCAAGCUGAGAUUCAGAGGCUGCACACUGAGCGAGAGCAUUAUGAGGACUCUAUGAAGAAAGCUUUCAUGCGUGGGGUCUGUGCUCUGAACAUCGAAGCCCUUACCAUGUUUAACACUGGAGAAGCGGGUAGACUGGACCGUGAUGCUCCACCUCCAGGGGAUGAGCCAAGCAUCAGCUCAUUGGCCAAUCACACACAAAGGACUGUCUCAUCUGCACGGCUCAGUCCAAUUGUCAUGGAGACUCCAAUACAGCUGGCCUCCUCCAUCAGCAAUACAGAGGAUGUGGAGAUGGAGCAGUUUGUCUCUCAGCCUGGCUCAAGCACAGUUCCAAGAAAAGAAACUGUUCUUUCAACCACAGUGGUGAAAUCUACUGUACCACCAGUAGGCAGUACAACCUCUUUCAGACAGUUAAACUCUCGGAUAGUUACAGCUGGCAAGCAAAAAGCCUCUAAGAUGGUAACUGCUCGUUUGAAAGGGCGGGCAGAGCCUAACCGAGUGGGCCGGCCCCCUGGUACCCUGCAUCAUAUGGGCGUGGCCCCUCCUAUGAGUUCCAUCGUCGUGGAAAGACACCACCCUGUCACUCAGCUUACAGUUGGCCAAGCAACAGCAGCUAAAUUCCCUCACUCCGUUCUUCAGAGUCAGACUGUCUCCAGCAGGAAGAGCUCCUCCAGUCAGCCCAGAGGCCCCUCCACCUUUCACAUCCAGUCUAUCAAAGUAGUGGACUAACACACACACACACACACACAC